AUGAGUCUGCGCGAGCGUGUCCCGCCGCAGUACCAGAAUGGCGACGCUGCCAGGCGCGCCCCGGACGACGACUCGGACGUCGAGGAGGAGGCCAUGGCCAACGACUACCGCGAGCAGGUCCAAUACGACGGCAUGGAGGACCUCGACCGCAUGCCCUCGAUGAACAGCAACCAGGACAUCCACGCGCAACUGCAGGCCGCGGCCACCCCCCUCGAAUUCCAGGCCACGCUAGAGACCAAGUUUGCGAUGCCAAAUUACUACUGGGCGUGGGAUGUCAUCGACGAGUUCAUCUACCAAUUCAACAGCUUCUGCAGCUACCGCCAACGAAUUGCGCUCCUGCGCGAGAACCCAAACACAUGGGGCUGCUACAGCGUCCUCAACGUUCUGUACUCGCUUAUCCAGCGGUCACAGAUCAGCGAGCAGCUGGCGGCGAUGAAGCGGGGCGAGGACGCGAGUCUGUACGCUGGAGAGUACGGCAACAGGCCGCUAUACAAGAUGCUGGGAUACUUCUCCAUCAUCGGUCUGCUCCGCGUGCACUGCCUGCUCGGAGACUUCAGUCUCGCGCUCAAGACGCUCGACGAUAUCGAGCUCAACAAGAAGGCCAUGUUCGCCCGUGUCAUGGCCGCCCACUUCACCACAUACUACUACGUCGGAUUCUCCUACAUGAUGAUGCGACGAUACUCGGAUGCCAUCCGCAUGUUCAGCCACAUCCUCGUCUACGUCUCGCGGACAAAGAACUUCCAGAAGAACGCGCAGUACGAUUCCAUUACCAAGAAGAACGACCAGAUGUACGCACUUGUCGCCAUCUGUGUAGCCUUCCAGCCCACCAGGCUCGACGACACCAUCCACACUGCCCUGAGGGAGAAGUACGGCGAGCAGUUCAACAGGCUGCAGCGCGGCGGCCCCGAGUCUCUUCCCCUCUUUGAGGAGCUCUUCCGCACCGCCUGCCCCAAGUUCAUCAGCCCCACACCUCCCGACUUUGACAACCCAGAGGUCAACAUUGACCCCGUUGAGCACCACCUCCGCAUCUUCAUGGACGAGGUCAAGAACAACAUGAUGUCUCCUACCGUCAAGAGCUACCUCAAGCUCUACACUACCAUGGACCUGAAGAAGCUCGCUGGAUUUUUGGAGGUUGAGCCAGAGAAGCUGAGGUGCUGGUUGCUCGUCAACAAGCAGAGGAGCAGGCAAAUAAGGUGGGCCGAGGGUGGUCUGUUGGAUGGUGAUAUCAUUCAGGCCAGCGACCUCGACUACGCUAUGGAGGGUGACCUUAUCCACGUUUCGGAGGCAAAGGUCGGCAGGAGGCUCGUAGACUGGUACCUCCGCAACUUGGCCAGGACUUACUAGACGGAUCACGAGUGUUUUCUGAGAGCGACUAUUCACAUUCGGGGCCCGCACAAUAGAGCAUUGCGCUUGGAGUUGGAGGAUUUCACGGGUGUAUCCAAAAGCGUGUUUGCAAAAUCUAAAGAUACGCUUAGGCAUAGGGAAGGCGAAUAUAGGGUCCAGGUCAGGGUAUUCCACGACUGGAUACCGCCCGCCGUGCGCGACGAAUGGGCCGGGGGAAGGACAGGAUGAGCGAACGAACAAUGAGUUGAAGAAUACCAACAAACUUUGCAGACUUUCAAAUCACGUAUCAAUAAGUGGACGCUAAGUGGAUGUGUGAAUGCUUGGAACUUCACCUGGACAUCGUCACAUCAUGUGGGGAAACAAGGGUUCAGCCUUCGUAGCAGACUGGUAGUAACUAGCGCAUUGAGUGGACACGGCUGUU